AGGAGAGCGAGCAGCAAGUCUGAGGUGCUGUUGUCCCUACUCUCUCUCUCUCAGCUGUCUGUCUCUCAGCUGUCUUUCUGCUGUCUCUCUCUCAGCUGUCUGUCUCUCAGCUGUCUGUCUCUCAGCUGUCUGUCUCUCAGCUGUCUGUCUCUCUGCUGUCUGUCUCUCAGCUGGACUUGGGCUGACCCUGCUGCAGAGCUCAGGAACCAUGUCUGUGAUGAAGCUGGAGGAGUAUCGGCAGCACAUCCGUGCACAGCUGGACAGCGUGACGGACUUCUGGCUCAAACAUUCUCAUGACACGGACCAUGGAGGCUUCUUCAGCUGCAUCGGGAGGGACGGCCAGGUGUACGACGACAUGAAGUAUGUGUGGCUGCAGGGCAGACAGGUGUGGAUGUACUGUCGCCUCUACCGAACCCUGGAGCGCUUCCACAGGCCUGAAAUCCUCCAGGCAGCUCAAGCAGGAGGACGCUUUCUGAGGCAGUUUGCUCGUGUGAGCGACGGCAGUGGAGGUGGGAAUCGGUGGAAAUGUGCUUUCUGCCUAACGAGAGACGGUAAAGCAGUGAAGGUUCAGAGGACCAUCUUCAGCGAGUGCUUCUAUGUCAUGGCCAUGGAUGAACUCAGCCGAGUGACCGACGACAAAGACCUGCAGCUGGAAGCUGAGCAGAUGAUGGAGCAGCUGAUCCACUGGGUGCGGGUGGAUCCGUCAGACCUGGGCAGGCCCGGGCUUCCCGGAGACGUGCCCACCAGCAGCAUGGCGGUCCCCAUGAUGCUGCUGUGUCUGGUGCAGCAGCUGACGAAGGCGGGGCCAGAGGUGGUCGACAAGUACCGGGAGUUGGCGAGCUGGUGUGUCCAGCAGAUCCUGCAGCAUGUUCAGAGAAAUGGCACAGCGGUCCUGGAGAACGUGUCUGUGGAUGGAGCAGAGCUGCCCGGCUGCGCAGGACGGCUGCAGAAUCCAGGUCACGCCCUGGAGGCCGGCUGGUUCCUGCUGCAGUACUCUGAGCAGUUCGGAGAUCCUCAGAUCAAGAAAACCGCUGUUGACAAGUUUGUGAAGCUUCCUUAUCAGCGAGGCUGGGACAAAGAGAACGGAGGACUCUUCUACUUCCUGGACGUGGAUGGACACUGUCCCACACAGCUGGAGUGGAGCAUGAAGCUGUGGUGGCCUCACUGUGAGGCGCUCAUCGCCUUCCUGAUGGCUUUCAGUCAAACCGGAGAGUCGGAGCUGCUGGAGACGUUUUCCCAGAUUUAUGAUUACACCUUCAAACACUUUCCUGACACCAGGAGCGGGGAGUGGUUUGGAUAUUUGACACGAGAGGGGAACGUUGCUCUGGAUUUUAAAGGAGGUCCUUUUAAAGGGUUCUUCCACGUGCCUCGCUGCCUCUACAUGUGCGAGCGGAUUCUGGAUGGUCUGCUGGCUCACAGAGACUGAGCCUGAGCUUCACUCUGCUGAAGGUCGUCUCAUUUCAACUGAUCCACUCCGUCCUGGACAGAGACAGAGACCCCUGAACAGCACACGUUCCAUGGUGCCUUGUUCAUGAGCACUCCGGACUACGUCAGUCUUCUCUUCUUCUGUAUGUCACUUGUUUACACCAGGAGACCUGAUCAGAUGAACCUCCUCAGCUGUGGAGGAGGAGCAGCUCUACUCAUAUUCUCUCUGGAAGGCUGAGUUCUCUCACUCCAUCAGGAUCACUCCAUCACUGAGAGGGAUGACCACCACUCUGUAGACAAAACACAUUUCAGCUCUGUGUACCCUCGAUUAAACGAUGUUUCAUGCCUCUAUCAAAUAUAAGAUAUUAUUGUG